GCUGACUGCGACGCGCACCUACAAAGAGGAAAUUAACGAGGCGAUGAUAGAAUAAGGGGAACCAAAGCAGCGCAUUGCCUCGCGUAGUACGCGGUUGUUUGUUUGUUUACAUUUUUGUACAUUAGAUGCAAAUAUUAUUAACAAAAAAUAGUAAAUAAGUUAAAAAAGAUAUUCCCUCGGGCUACAAUAGAUUGAAUUCAAUGUGCUUAAUAUGGUAAAUGUGAAUUGAGCCAAUUGAUUUUUACAUAAUUACCAAAAUGACGGCGGCUUUAUGCUGUGUUGUGCACAUUUUAAUUAUUUUGUUUUGUGCGUGAUUAUUUCGUGGUGUAUCUGCAUACUCUGUGCUUAUAAAAAAACUAUACUUAUAUUGGUGCUUAGCAAGUUCUUUUGGACGUGACGCAUUGGCUACUUUGCAGAAUUGUUUAGUUAAACCAAAGCAGCAAAAUGGAUAAUAUUAAGAGGGAAUUAGUAUUGGAUUACCAUGAAGGAUUGCAAAAUCCAAUGAUAGACGUCAUUUUGGAUAAAAAUUCUUCGGAAGAAAUCCUAGUAAAUAAAAAUGGAAGUAAUAAAGGAUCAUACAUAACACGAGCUAAAAUGAAUCCAGCCAAAAGUGAUAAUGAAAAACGACGACGAAAAGAUGCAAUGAGAAAGAUAUCAUCAAUAUUUAAAAAAUGCGAGUCAUUACUGACUGCUGAAGAGCGUCAGUUGUGUGAAAAAUAUCCAGACAUUGUAAAACAAAUAAAAAAACGAAAGGAACGUGUCGAGAUCUACAAAGAUAGAAUUGUAGAAAAAGAGGAUGAACCACAUGUUAUAGAAGCAAAAGUAGAAGAGUUGGCAGCAAUAAUAUCACAGUCCAAGCACCUAAUUUGUUACACCGGAGCCGGUAUUAGUACAUCCGCGUUAAUACCUGAUUAUCGUGGGAGCAAAGGUAUUUGGACAUUACUUCAAAAAGGUGAAGACAUUGGUGAGCAUGAUUUAUCAGCUGCUAAUCCUACUUACACUCAUAUGGCACUAUAUGAAUUACAUCGCCGACGUCUAUUGCGUUACGUUGUUUCACAAAACUGCGAUGGGUUGCAUUUGCGUUCGGGUUUACCGCGAGCAUCACUCUCUGAAAUACAUGGUAACAUGUAUAUGGAGGUGUGCAAGCAUUGUAAACCAGGUCCGACCGUGUAUUGGCGACUCUUUGACACCACCGAGAUGACAGCACGAUAUUGUCAUAAGACCAACCGACUUUGCCAUUGCUGUUCGGAGCCGCUCUAUGACACAAUUGUUCAUUUUGGAGAACGAGGAAAUCUUAAAUGGCCAUUGAACUGGGCGGGCGCCUGCCAUCAUUCUGAGAAAGCUGAUGUAAUUCUGUGUUUGGGAUCAAGCUUGAAAGUACUCAAGAAAUACACUUGGUUGUGGCAAAUGGAUCGACCCGCGAAACAUCGUCCAAAAAUCUGUAUUGUUAACUUACAAUGGACACCUAAAGACAGUAUUGCAACUGUAAAAAUAAAUGGCAGAUGCGAUCGGGUCAUGGAAAUGUUAAUGCGCGCACUAAAUAUAUCCGUGCCGGUUUACACAAAAGAAAAGGAUCCUAUAUUUGCGCAUGCAUCACUGCUUAUGCCCGAGGAGUUACACACGCUCACACAGCCACUGCUUAAGCCAGAUUCUGAAGAUGCUGAUAAAGAUACCGAAACAGCUGAGGACACAUGCACUAGUGCAACGGAAGAGACAUUGGAUUCGUUUAUGUCGGGAGAUAGCGGAGCAGACAUACCUAUUGGUAAAGGGCCGCGUAUACGGACGCCUCUUAAGAACAGUACUCGCAUAAAAACAAAUCUCAAAUUAAAAUACAAAAUUCCACGAAAGGAAGUCGGCUGUAGCGUAGUGACUUGUGAGGAAGGUGACAGAAGUGAGGGAAAUAAUAAAACUUCUGAGAGCAUGGCUAAGGCAAAAGUUGACGAUUUGAACCACAGUAGUUUCAAAGAAAAAAAUAAUUGCCUGCUAGAAAAAGACAUAAAGCCAAAUGAGCCAAUGGAUACAGGUGAAAAUCCACUGCAAGUUGAAAAGCCAAAUGAAAGCGGUAUUAAAAAAGAAGGAGCUGACGAUACGAUAGAUACCUCUAUAAAACAGGAAUGUAAUAACGAAAUUAUGAAUCUGUUAUCUGAUGGAGAGAAAAAAUUUUCUCCAACUGCAGACGUUGAAAUGAAACUUGAGCAUGAAGUAAAAGAGGAAACUUUGUCAGAAUUAAUAUCAACUAAUUCGCCCAAUAACGCACCUUUUAUGCCGUCUACUGUGAAAAAAGAGAAUUGCACAGACCAAGCUAGCCACUGCACAGCUGCCUUAAGUUUUAAUUCUCUUAAAACAGAAGAGCAUGAAGUGAAAAUAGAAAACAAAGUUGAUAUUAAAUCCGAAAUUCCGAUAGAAAUGCCCGCAUUGGUGCCAAUACGACAAGUGAAUAAGACACCAUCUGCUGAAGUAAAACAAGAACCAAUCGUUCAUCAAAAUCACACUUCGACUUCCGAUGUACUCGUCACGAAUAGUAUAAUUAAUUCCGAUGAUGAUGACUCAAAUUGUGAGAAUGUUGUCGCGCAAAUGGACAUAUUGAAAUUGGUAAAGAAAGACACCGAAAACGGCGUUGGAACCAAUAGCAGAACUCAACGAUAUUGGCUACUAAGAAAACUACCAUGUUGGUACGACGUUAAGUAUGCCUAUUCGGGGCUUCAUAGUAUUGUUUAUCCGCCUCCAGCUGAUUUGAAUAUUUGGAAUUACCAAGUGAUACCAAUAUUCGCAAUGAAUCGGGAGGCAGCUGAAUGUGAGUUCUGUUUUGAUAACUAUGCAGAAUUUGAAUGUCAAUUCUAUAGAAAGUGGCAUCUUAACGAACGGAAACACAAGAAGCGAGCGCGUAAUGGCCGAUUUGUAGUUUGCGAAUGUUGUUCAUAUUCUGACGACGAUGACGAUGAUUACGAUGAGAAUAUUUCAUUGGCUCAUAUAGCAGCGGCUGAAGUGGCAAAACGUCGGUUGCAGUUAAGUAACACUUUUCCGCGCAAAUUGGCGCGCACACAAGCAGGAUGGUAUGGUAAAGGGUAUCGUAAAGCACGUCGACGUAAAUAAAAGUGGCAACAUCAAAAGUAUUACUUUUCUAUAUCUAGUUAGAAAUUAAGAUGUUUACCUAAGUUUGAAGGCUUUUUUUUUGCAUUUCUGAUGUUUUGUACGCCAUUAUGCGCCUCUCUUUAUGUUACGUCUUCCGUAACUCUUUGUCGACUCAAAUUUGAUGUAAGAUCUUAAAUUACGCAAACUGAUAAAUAUAAUAAAUUUUCUACCGUACGAAAUUCAUACGAAUUACUAUUUGAUUACAGAUGUUCGUAAAUAAAUAUAAUACUUAUCUAUCUAUGUAUGUAUCUUUAAAAUUUUGUUACGUACAAUUAAAAUUGACAAGGCGUCUUUAGACAGCAAGCUAGAUUUUAAGAUGGAAAUAAUAAAUGUAAUAAUUAGAUGUUAAGCGAAUGUACUUUAAUAAUGCUCAUAAGUAAAGAAAUCUUCUUAAGACUA